CGCUCAUUCUCUUUAGUGUUUGCCCUGUGCCCGCCGCCUCCUGCCGCCGCGGCCGCCCCCCGCCCCCCCGGGACCCGGCCCAUGGACUGAGCCGCCCGCUGGCCCGCACCACCAGCCGGCCCGGGAGCCGCAGCCCAGGCAGCCAGGUCAGCAAUUUGGCUUCAUCACGCUGAGUUUGCCUGCAUUCAAAGCUGUUCACCUACAGUAAUUUGCUCUGGUUGGAAGUAAACAUGUCUCAAGUUCAAAUUCAGAAUCCUUCUGCUGCCCUUACAGGGAACCAAAUAUUGAAUAAAACCCCGUCUCUUUCACAGCCUUUGAGUAUUCCUUCUACUACUAGUUCUUUGCCCUCUGAAAAUGCAGGUAGACCUAUCCAAAACUCUGCUUUACCCUCUGCAUCAGUUACAUCCACCAACGCAGCUGCAGCUCCUUCAAACAUGGCAAACCCCAAAGAGAAAACCCCAAUGUGUCUUGUGAAUGAGUUAGCCCGUUUCAACAAGAUUCAGCCUGAGUAUAAGCUUUUGAGUGAGCAAGGUCCAGCUCAUUCUAAGGUGUUUACUGUGCAACUGACUCUUGGGGACCAGCACUGGGAAGCUGAAGGAACUAGUAUUAAAAAAGCGCAACACGCGGCAGCUGCCAAAGCUUUGGAAGGGACAAAAUUCCCUAAGCCAACGGCUCGUCCAUCUCGUAGUGAAGGCAAGAAUCCAGACAGUGUAACCCCCACAGUGGAGUUAAAUGCACUUUGCAUGAAGCUGGGAAAGAAACCUAUGUACAAACCUAUUGAUCCUUACACAGGGAUGAGAUCCACUUACAACUAUACUAUGAGGGGUGGUACUUACCCUCCACGGUACUUUUACCCGUUUCCUGUUGGGCCCUUACUUUAUCAAGUCGAGCUUUCAAUUGGAGGGCAGCAGUUUCAUGGGAAAGGAAGGACAAGACAAGCUGCUAAGCACGAUGCAGCUGCUAAAGCACUGAAAGUUCUGCAGAAUGAGCCCUUGCCUGAGAAGCCAGAGGUUAACGGAAAAGAACCAGAUGAUGAAAAUCUCAAUAAAUCUGAAAUAAGCCAAGUUUUUGAGAUUGCACUUAAAAGGAACUUGCCUGUGAAUUUUGAGUUUUUCCCUCUGAAACAGGUGACCAAGGAAAGUGGUCCACCUCAUAUGAAGAGCUUUGUAACCAAGGUGUCAGUUGGAGAAUUCAUGGGUGAAGGUGAAGGAAAGAGCAAGAAAAUCUCCAAGAAAAAUGCUGCAAUAGCAGUCCUAGAAGAACUGAAAAAAUUGCCACCCCUUCCUACAGUUGAGAAAAUGAAGCCACGAAUCAAAAAGAAAACAAAGUCAAUAGUGAAGCUGCAAACAAGUCCAGAAUAUGGUCAAGGAAUGAAUCCCAUUAGCAGACUUGCCCAGAUACAGCAGGCCAAGAAGGAGAAGGAGCCAGAGUACAUGCUCAUCACGGAACGUGGCCUUCCAAGGCGCAGGGAGUUUGUUAUGCAGGUGAAAGUUGGUGUACACACAGCUGAAGGAAUGGGCACAAACAAAAAAGUUGCUAAACGCAAUGCAGCUGAAAAUAUGUUGGAAAUUUUAGGUUUCAAAGUCCCUCAACCUCAACCUCCAAAGCCAGCAUUAAAGACAGAAGAGAAGACACCAGUGAAGAAACCGGGUGAUGGAAGAAAAGUAACCUUCUUUGAGCCGGGCUCUGAAGAGACUUCAACUAGUAAUAAAGAAGACGACUUUCGGAUGCCUUAUCUCAGCCAUCAGCAGCUUCCUGCUGGAAUUCUCCCCAUGGUCCCUGAGGUCGCACAAGCUGUAGGAGCCAACCAAGGACACCACACCAAAGAGUUCAACAGGGCAGCCCCAAACCCUGCCAAGGCUACGGUAACAGCAAUGAUUGCUCGAGAGCUGUUGUAUGGUGGUACUUCUCCUACUGCUGAGACCAUAUUAAAGAAUAACAACUCGUCAGGCCACGUACCCCACGGACCACUUACUAGGCCCUCUGAGCAGCUGGACUAUCUUUCCAAUGUUCAAGGAAUCCAGGUUGAAUAUAAAGACUUUCCAAAAAAUAACAAGAACGAGUUUGUAUCUCUUAUAAACUGUUCCUCUCAGCCACCACUGAUCAGCCAUGGAAUUGGAAAGGAUGUAGAAUCUUGCCACGAUAUGGCUGCAUUGAAUAUUUUAAAGUUGCUGUCUGAGUUGGACCAACAAACCACAGAGAUGCCAAGAACAGGAAAUGGACCAAUGUCUGUAUGCGUGAAACAAGAAAUGGAAAGUGACCCUCUUCUCAAACCGGCUAACUCAAACACUUUGGGACAAACACUGGACAGCACUGCCUAAAAACAGGCUUUUGACUGGACCCAAACCUGAAAGCACCAGAGAAAAUCAAAUGCUUCCUCUUAAUGUAACCUAACUGUUUUAGAGUGCUACAGUCUUUACAACCUACUGUAGUGUCUAAAUCAUAACCGUUGCUUUUCCUUCAGACAGUGAUACAUUUUUAGUUUCAUUCUGUUGUUUUGAUUGAAAUGACACUAUCAGUUUUUCAUUUAAAAGUUUCUUAAUUGUAUCUAGAACAAUAGCACAGUUUAGAAACUUUGUCUUCAGAGACUGACACCUUAUCUGUGAACUAACUUGGGAAGAUCAUAUCCAUGUAUGUGGUUAUUUUGUUUUUAUUGAAAUAGCAAAGUUUCACUGGAAACAAAUUGUGUGCCCACCGUUUGAAGAAGGCCAGUGCUGUGGCCAGCGGAGCUCAGUUCUCCAACGGUUGAAUGAAUUAAAACACUGUAGGAAUUUUAAACUUCUUUUGAUCCUUUUUGGUUAAUUUCUAGUUUUCUUGAGUGGGGGGGCAGGGGAACUCGAAUGCAACGUGACUUUAAAUGAUCUCUGAUCUAUGUUUUAAGGAUGGUGUGUACAGACGGCACACAGCUCGCUGCAUUACAGGAUAUGAUCUCAACGUAGUGCAUAUAAAAGAGAAACAAACGCAAAUUGAUUUUCCUUGAGUGCUUUAUACUGUUUAAUUACAUCUCCAUGUAGGGCUGAGAAAAAUUACCUAUGUUUAUAUAUAAACUGUGUUGCUUUUGAUGUUGUGUUAUUGCGCACCGCCGCGUGCGCAGUAAAGUUUUUGCAUAUGGUCCAGGUAAAGCACGAUAGCCUUGCAAGUUAAGUACUGCUUCAGUUCAUUGUUUACGCUGGAAUUUUUUCUCCCCAUGGAAUGUAAGUAAAACGUAGUGUUUGUCACCAAUAAAUGGUAAUACUAAA